ACUGAGCCACCCAGGCGCCCCAAAAUUUAAAAAAAUUUAAAUAAAUAAAUAAAUAAAUAUUAAAAAAUAAAAAGUUACACAUGGUGAUUGCAUAUGGCCUAGCAAUUCCGCUCCUAGGUAUAGAUAGACCCAUGAAAAUUGAAAACAAGUUCUCGAAGACUUGUACACAAGUGUUCACAGCAGCACCGAUCACAAGAGCCAAAAGGUGGAAACCGCCCCAGCGCCUGUCAACCGAUGAAUGGAUGACCACCACCAGGUGAUUUGUCCAUACAGUGGGAUGUCAUCCAGCCGCACAAAAGGAAGCAGUGACACCCGCUACAACACGGAUGAACCUCCAAAACGUGACGCUCAAUGAAGGAGACCAGACACAAAAGACCACAUGAGAAAAUGCUCAGCAUCAUGAGACAGAGGACUCCUCAUGUGCCAGGAAACAGUUGACAGACAUUGCUGUGCCCUUGACCCCAUGGACCCGCUGAGGCAGUCCCCCUCCCCCUGCUCGUCAAGACCCUCCAGCCCCAAGACCCCACCCUGCGAGAUGCUUGGUUAUGUGGGCAUUGAGGCCGUGCUGGACCAACUGAAGAUCAAGGCCAUGAAGAUGGGGUUUGAGUUCAACAUCAUGGUGGUGGGGCAGAGCGGGCUGGGCAAGUCCACAAUGUUGAACACCCUUUUCAAGUCCAAGGUGUGGAAGUGCACCCUGCCGGGCCUGGCGAUGCCCACACCCCAGACGCUGCAGCUGAAGUCAGUGACCCAUGUCAUCGAGGAGAAGGGUGUGAAGCUCAAGCUGACAGUGACUGACACGCCUGGCUUUGGAGACCAGAUCAACAAUGACAAAUGCUGGAACCCCAUCCUGGGCUACAUUAAUGAACAGUACGAGCGGUACCUGCAGGAGGAGAUCCUCAUCACCCGCCAGCGCCACAUCCCCGACACGCGGGUGCACUGCUGUGUGUACUUCGUGCCGCCUACUGGGCACUGCCUGCGGCCUCUGGACAUUGAGUUCCUACAGCGGCUGUGCCGGACCGUGAACGUGGUGCCUGUGAUUGCCCGGGCCGACAGCCUGACCCUUGAGGAGCGCGAGGCCUUCAGGCGCAGGAUCCAGCACAACCUGAGGACUCACUGCAUCGAGGUGUAUCCACAGAAAUGCUUUGACGAGGAUAUCAAUGACAGGAUCCUCAACAGCAAGAUUCGGGACCGGAUCCCCUUUGCUGUAGUCGGGGCCGACCGACAGCACCUGGUGAACGGGAGGUGUGUCCUGGGCCGGAAGACCAAGUGGGGCAUCAUUGAAGUGGAGAACAUGGAGCAUUGUGAGUUUCCUCUGCUGAGAGACCUGCUCAUCCGCUCCCACCUCCAAGACCUGAAGGACAUCACCCACAACGUCCACUACGAGAACUAUCGAGUUUGCAGACUCAACGAGAGCCACGUGCUGCCUCAUGGGCCCUGCUGGGUGAACCUGGCCCCGACCCCACCAGGGCCCUCUGUCGCCCCCGGGCCCUCCAAGGCGUGCAGACAGGCACGCGAGGAUUCUGACGACAACGAAGAUGACUACUGAGCACGGGGGCGGGGGCGGGGGUGGGGGCGGGGGCGGGGCACCCGGCAGCCCCCAACACGGGACUGUGUAUGAGAGGGUGUAUUAAAGGCGGACGUUGCUUUUAAUGAAAAGCUGUGCUUUGAAAACAAAAGGCGUUUUGUAAAUGAGUUCUUUGAGCUAUCCUCAAAAUAAAAGUACGGUUCUUUUAAAAAUAA